AUGUUCCGGUGCAUUUUCUGGAUUAUUGCUUUGCUCGCAGUCACAGAAACAGCAAGAAUAACAAGCGGAACAUUAUCGGAAUUACGGCAAAAGCAAUGUUGGUCAUCCGGUAAUGGUCAAUCCGCUCGCUGGUUCAGUCACGGUGAACGAAUUAGCAGAGGAAAGUAUUGGUAUAAAUGUAAUAACGGUGUAUUGAAACCACAAGGCUGCUUCACGUCAACCAACGAUCAGAUAAAUAUUGGUGAAAAAUUUGUGGAAAACGGUUAUGAAAUAGAAUGUAUCCUGGAUAAAGGUGGAUAUUUGCAGUUUGCAUUUACGGCAUGUAUCCCGAAACCGGACGAGCGAUAUAAGAUCGGUGAAACGUGGGAGGAUGAACAGCAUAUGUACUGGUUUGAAUGUAAAGCCGACGGACCAUAUUUGAGGGUUGAAAUUAGAGGCUGCGUAAUUCACGACAAAUCACGUAGGAUUGAGCUCAAUGAAAAAUACGAUUUGGGGGAAUACACAUAUCAGUGUCUGAAGAAAUACAAUGGUUCGGUACAAAUGUGUUCCGUCGGAUGUGUCCACAAAGGAGUGCGCUACAAAAUUGGUGACCAAUGGACUGAUGGCGAUUUUAUUUAUUACUGCAAAACAAAAAAUGGACGAAGCCAAAAGAUCUGUGUGGGAUGUCAUUUCAAAGAUAAAUUGUUGUAUGAUGGAGACCGUUACCAUAAAAAUGACACGGUGUUUAUGUGUGAAGUACGACCGAAUAAAUACAGACAUAAGCCGGUCGGUUGUGUCGUACGUGAUACAAAGGGUGAAACGGUGGAGAGAGUGGUCGGAUGCAGAUGGUACCAACAGACAAAAAAAUCAAAAGUGGAGCAGACUUGUGUUCUUGAAAACGAUAAAGCAGUAGUGAAAACACUGGGAUGUAUUUUUGUGCACAAAGGAUACGACACGCUGUUCCUGAAUCCCGACACUUAUACCAUCUGGAAUGAACGAGUCGACGGCUUGGCAAUUGGAGUUAUUUGCAGGCAAUCCAAAAAUGAUGAUAUGCCAAGCUUGGAGACAUUCAGAAUUGAGGAUAUUGUAAAGAAAGUAAACGGAUUACGGUAUGAUCAACCUCGAGGUUAA